AAAACAUACUCUUGUUCCGAGUGUUGACGAUUGAAGUGUACAUUUGGUGGAGUAUAGUUUUGUGAGGCAUAUCUCACGUCACGAAGAGUGCCCAAAAAAUUGAACCUUUUCCAUAGGAUAUACAUGAAAAGUAAUUGAUCAGUGAGCAGUGGUUUGGUGUAAAGAUGAAGAAGCCCUGCGGACCUAAUACCCUUGUCCACCUAUUGCACCGUGAAAGUGGAAAGAAUACUCGACUGUCCUUCCGUCAAAAUCUCUUUGGCGAGCGCCUCAAAGUGGCUCACAAUCUCUUCAGGAAGGACCUCAUCUCCCACACAGGAUGCGUCAAUGCCAUUGAGUUCUCGCGCGAUGGGGAGUACAUGGCAUCAGGUGGAGAUGAUCGAAAUAUCCUUUUGUGGCACUUGGAGACAGCCUUGGCUGAGAAACAGAAACCGUGCCGGAUGAAAAAUCAGCAUCUCAGUAAUAUCUUCUGUCUGGGAUUCAACAGUGACAACACAAGAAUCUUCUCUGGAGGCAAUGAUGACACUGUCAUUGUCCAUGAUGUCUCAAGUGGUGAGACAAUUGAUGUCUUUACACACACAAAGCCCGUCUAUGGGCUAUCCAUAGACUCCACAAAUGAGCAAAUUUUUGCCACAGCUUGUGAAGAUGGGAAACUCUUGAUAUUUGACCUGAGAUUGAGUGCUGAGGUACUCAAUGUAGCCAAAUGUCGAGCUCCCUUUCAUGCAGUUAUGUUUCAUCCGCUGGAUGGGAGUUUUCUGGUGGGUGGCAAUGCCAAGGAAGGCGCUUCCCUGUGGGAUUUGCGUCGUCCCAAGACACCAACUAUUCGGUAUGGAUUCCGCGAGGAUACUUCCCAGAGCUGCAUGAGUGUUCGCUUUAACACGCUCGGGAAUCAGAUACUCGCCCUACGUCGUCGACUUCCGCCAAUUCUCUACAACACCCUCUCUCCCGAUCCCAUUUGCCAAUUCUACCAUCCCGACUACUACAAUUCCUGCACCAUGAAGAGUUGCACAUUUGCCGGAGAGAUGGAUGAGUAUGUGCUGUCGGGAUCAGAUGACUUCAAUCUCUACAUGUGGCGCAUUGGAGAUGCAGACUGCACGAGAACGGACCAGUGGGUGGAUACCAAUCAAGUGGUACUCUAUGGGCACCGUUCUAUUGUCAAUCAGGUUCGCUAUAAUUCCCAGAAGUGUAUGAUUGCAUCGUCGGGUGUGGAGAAGGUUGUGAAGAUUUGGAUGCCAUUUGAUUCGGCUGGAUGGGAAGGGGGCCUGGUGGAGAAGCCCAUUGGUCCCGACAAUCCCAGGCGCAUCUACACACAUGAGGAAUACCUCUCGAUGGUACACAUGGGUGGUCAGAACUUGGCACAGGACUACAAUAAUCAGAACACUGUGGAAGAUCCCAGGAUGAUGGCAUUCUUCGAUUCGUUGGUACAGCAAGAAAUUGAGGGUUGGAACAGCACAGACAGUUCAGAUUCGCACCAACAGACCGAAUACAGCUAUAACAGUUCACGACCAACAUCCUCUCAAUCAUCAGACAGCGAGUCUGUUCACUAUUUCUCCCAGAGAGAUCUCUACAGACAUCGUCUGGCCAACAAUCCAAGCAAACCUCCGAGAUCCAUCUAUCCCAAUCGCAUUGCAUAUUUGAUCGCCACAAAGAGGAAUACCCUGAAGAGAUUGGCCCUCAAGGGAGCAGUCAAUCAUACGUCAAAUCGCGUGAAGAUGGGAAAGUUGUGCGGGCGGAAGGUGAAGAGAUCAGGAUUCAGGGGCAGCCGAAAGAGUGCCACGAGUAAGAGGAUGGGGCGUCAUGGCUCAAAAUCAGCGUAUCGACGUCGAUGUACUGAUCAAAGUACAGACACUGAAGUGCCCAAGAAAGUGACGACAAAAAGGCGUAUUCAGACCUUUCAUCACAACUCACACUUCCGUCUCACAUUCCGUCGAAAAGGAAAAUCCACAAAUCCCGCCACCAAACCUUCUGACACAAGUUCCGAUGAGGAUUCAAGUGGAAACUGCUUUGGGACACCAAGGAAUGUGAGCAACCUUCCCACCACAGCUGUCACAGCCACCUCAAAUUCUAAUGGCAUGAGUACAUGUGAUAAUGCAGCAGAUAUGCCCAGCACCAGUACAGGCAUCACAUCCAAUGGGAAGGGUCUGCUCUUUCGCUUGGCGCAGCAGUCAAUGGAUUCAGAUGAUGAUGAUGACGAUGACCACCCGCCCAGAAUGCCCAAUGGCGUGACCAAUGGACGCUGCACAGUUCCAGAAGUGGAGAGACGCCCCUUAUGUCCCAACAAUGACAUCUACUCCAGUCACUCUAAUUCACGCCUCUCCAACAGCAGCUACCACAAUGAAACUUCCACGAGCAAUGACAGUUUCCUGGAUCAUCACUCAGCUAGCACUAGCAAAGUCAACAAUGGUAAUGAAGCUGUCCAGACACCCAGGAGUGCCACUGAAACCACAGAGCUGACAAAUACACCCGACAGUGGAAUCGCUUCUACACUGUAUCCACACAAUUCAGCAGUCCCUGGGGGAUCAUCAAUGGCUGCCAGUUCAUCUUCAGCCGCCCUGCAAAGUGACAAUGGCGCCAACAGUGUCAACAACAAUGUGGUAGAUCCCGAUGAAGAGGUUGCCGUGUCCUAUAAGAUUUUUCAGCAGAAAGUGGCACGAGUGCGAAGGAACUAUCGUCAUCAUUUUGGCGAUGAAUCGAACAGUGACUGAAGGAGGAGCCAAUUUGUUGGCCAGGAUGACUCACACAGUCCUCAGGGCUACAAAUCGGUGGAUGCGCGUAAGUUUUUAGCAAGUAAUUCAGAUAUAGAAUGAGCCACAAUAUUACCCCCCCCCCCUCCCUCUAAAUAUAAAAUUUGCUUAUGACACUGUCUUGUAAGGAUAAAUAUGAUAAAGAAAUGAAAAAUUGAUGAGUGAAUA